CCAAAACAUAGCCUGCUUCUAAAGAUGCGGCGUCUAAUGAAAUGAGUUCGCUUCCAUCGAAUCAGCGUGACAUCGUGUGUUGCCCAUGGGCGUUAAUUUUCACCGUCUAGUACCUGGCACAUGGAUCAGUUGGGUUCUUGGAGUGACGGCAUGAGGUGCGCGAUUUCGGUACUUCUUUGGCUUGGAGCCUUCGCCGUGGUUCAGGGCAAUCGCACCCACCUGGUGGAGACUUCCGGCUCCUUCGAGAAUCGCAUUCUGUCGCGACGGGUGCGGGGAUUGGUCUUUCCGGACAAGGCUUCGAUUCUGCUGACCGCCGCCUUGACCAAAAUCAUCGUGGGCGGACGACCCAGUGGCCUGCAGUACAGCCUGGAGUUUGACAUCUACGUUCCACUUCCCGACACCGUUGAGGGCUGGCAGCCAAAGAUUCUGAAGAGGCUAAAACCCAAACACAAGCCCACGCCAAAACGACGCUUGGACUGGUCUUAUUACAAACGACCUUCAAGCUACUAUUCAAACUAUUCUUCACCUUAUAAAAAUGGGUAUUACUCCAGGCCCUCAAGCAAAAGCGAAAAUUUCUACCAAACGAAAUCAAGUCCUGCCUUAAAUAGGGAUUUAUUCUACCAAACUCCCUUGCAUUUAUCAUCGCCCAUUAAAAGCAAGAAUUACUAUCAACCCAGGGAAGAGGUCUAUAAACCAAGCGAUUCAUUCCAUCAAGCUUCCUGGCAACUAUCUUCGCCCAUUAAUCGCAAAAAUUUCUAUAAACCCAGAGAAGAGAUCUAUAAAUCAAGUACCGCAUUAAAUAGGGAUUCUUUCUACCAAACUCCCUGGAGCUUAUCAUCGACUACCAAUCGAAGAAGCUCUUAUCAACCCGAUGAAAAGGUCUACGAAUCCUGGACUCAAGUGCCCAGUUGGAAGUUAAAUCGGGGAUAUAGAGAGCGUAGGGAAAUUUUCGAUCAGUUCGAGGCCAUGGGAAAAGUUUUCCAGUUGGAUCUUAGGUCUUGCAUCAAGAGAGUCAUGUGCGAACUUAGAGCCAAGUUCAGUGCAGGCCAUGAUCAAGGUUUCCUGAUGGAGGAUCUUAUGCGGAUUGUGCUGACAGUGCCCGAGGAGAUAGGCGACGCCAAGUACAGACAUCGCAUGGAUGUCAAGGAUUGUGCCCGCUUCUACUCCCCAAGUUGUCCCUACAAUGUUUUAGAUUUCCUCACCCAGAGUGGCAAAAAAAUGUGAACUUAGUAAGCGAGAAACAAACUUU